AAAUAAUAAUUGUACCGAAAAUAUUGUAAUUAUAUAUACCAUACCCCAUACAAUAGAAGUGAUUUGAGGUCUGAUGACAGACUAUUUCUGAUCUCAGACCCCAAGUCCUACCGAACAUUUUCUGUCAAGUUCGGUAAAGUAGCUGUUGCUUAAUUUCAUCAAUAUUUUUUAAUAAAGAAUUAUUUUAUUGCACUAGCUUGUCGCAGGAGAUUUGCUAUCACUUUCCCAAUCAAUCGUAUCUCGGAUUGUCUACAAAAUAUCCAGAUUACUUGCAAGUGAAAUGUUUAAUAUUAUUAAGAUGCCAGUAAAUGAAGAAAAAGAACUUGAAAAUCGAAUACUGUUUCGACAAAUAGGAACUACUAUAAAUAGAAAUGGUUUACCAUUUAUCGACGGAGCUAUUGAUUGCACCCAUAUUCGUUUGACUAAUAUAAAAUUUUACGAAAUUCCGGAAAUAUAUAGAAAUCGAAAAGGAUAUUUCUCUCUUAAUGUGCAAGCAGUUGUUGAACCUCGCAUGGAAUUUUUAGAUGUUGUACCACAAUGGCCUGGAAGCCAACAUGACAGCAGAAUUUUUCAAAAUUCAAGAUUAUAUGUACAAUAUGCUCAACGGAAUUUGACUGGUUCACUUGUAGGAGAUGCAGGAUAUCCUUGCUUGCCAUUUUUAUUAACACCGAUAGCAAAUCCAACUACCGAUGCAAAAAUAAGAUAUAAUCUCGUUCAUGGAAGAACCAGACAAAUUGUAGAAAGAACGUUCGGUGUGUGGAAACGUCGAUUUCCUUGUUUAUCCAAAGGUCUUAGUAAUAAGCUGAUAUGCAAUACUACGAUUAUAAUGGCAUGCGCUGUUCUACACAAUUUAUCACUUCGUUAUGACAAUAUCUUGCCAGAAGAUUUGGAGCCGUAUGAAAAAAUUGAAGAAAUUUAAAUCGAUCCGCCUCAAUGGCAGCCAGGAGAAGGCUUCGCAGUACGUGCUGCUCUUAUUGACAGACUGUUUGCCUGAAUUUAUGUAUAUAUUGUAUUAUAAGAGAGAGAAAAAUGUACGGGAGCGCGGACAGCCGAGACCGGGAUUUUAUUACUUACAUAUUAUUAUUUACAUAUUUGCAUUUUUCUUGUUAUAGUUCUUUAAGUUAAGAGAAUACCGAUUUAUGUAGAAGCACAUAACACAUUAUCUAUUUUAAA